AUGCAAGUCGCGUCUUCGAUAAAGCGCGCAAUUAUGACUACUCCACCCACCGAGAGUCGCAAGGUGCUCGAAGGUAUCUUCGCCAUCAACAAGCCUCAAUGGGCCUCCUCCGCCGGUGUCUUGCGCGACCUCCAAGAUCACUUCUCUCGCUCGCCGCUCUUCGCACCCUGGCUCGAAGCCCAGAAACGCUCCCUCAUUAUCGCGGACGCUAAGCCCAAACACCUCAAGAACAUCAAAGCGAAACUCGGUCAUGGCGGUACCCUCGAUCCAAUGGCUACGGGUGUCUUGAUUGUCGGCAUGGGCAAGGGCACCAAAUGCCUACAACGCUUCCUCGAGUGCACAAAGACAUACGAAUGCGUGGUACUGUUCGGCGCGGCAACAGACAGCUACGACGCUGUAGGCAAGGUUGUCGGCAAGGCGGAGUACGAACAUGUCACAAAGGAGUUGGUAGAGGAGAAGCUAGCGCAAUUUCGCGGCAAGAUCUUGCAAAAGCCAAGCGUCUUCUCUGCGCUCAAGGUCGACGGAAAGAAGAUGUACGAAUACGCUAGAGAGGGCAAGGACAUACCAGAGGUGGCUGCGCGACCGGUCGAGGUGGAGGAGUUGGAGCUUGUCGAGUGGUUGGAGCCCGGAAGUCAUGACUUUGCUUGGCCAAAGGAGGAAGUGGAUGGUGCUGAAAUGGAGGGCGCAAAGAAGUUAAUGGGCAUUCGGAAAGAAGAUGCAAAAGUCUACUCCGACACAGCGGCAAGAAGAGGACGGAAACGAUCGAGGUCACCAGAAAACGACCAUGUUGAGGGCGCAGGGCAGCAACCGAAGAUACCCAAGACAGACUCCGAGCCCGCCAUGUCUGGCGCCUUACCAGCAGAGGUAGCACCCGUUGAGGAGACCCCCGCGGAGAACGAAGUCACAGACGCCAGUGUUGAAGCAUCAUUACCAACCGAAGAGAAGCCUGUAGUCUCAGUGGAGCAAGCUGAAGCAACCGAAAACACAUCAACAAUCACCCAGGAUAACGCUGCUGAACCCACCGAUGUCACCACUACAUCUGCGCCCACUCCGCAACCCCCAGCAGCCCGCCUUCGUAUGACAGUAACAUCUGGCUUCUACGUACGCUCUCUUUGCCACGACCUCGGUCUAGCCUGUAACUCGCUCGGCCUCAUGUCGUCUCUCAUCCGCUCUCGCCAAGGCGACUACACGCUCGGUCGGAACGUCCUAGAAUACACGGAUCUGGAAGACCAAUCGAAGUGGGAGCCCCAACUCCAGAAGCAGCUCGAGGAGUUCAUGGAGAAGGAGGGUUGGCCAAUUGAGGAACUGGACGACGACGAGAGCUGGGAGGAGAGGAAGAAGGAUCUGAAGGAGCAGAGGAAAGACAAUGACCGAGAGAAGAGUUACAAGGGCGGUGGUAAGAAGUGGAACUCGAAGGGUAAGGGAAAGUAUGGACGGAAUGGGUACUCAAAAAACAUGGAUGGUGGACGGAAAUGA